AGUACGACGGUCGCAGUGCGUCGGGGGUGAAGCCAAGUCCACGAAAAAGUGAAUAAAAAGCGUAAAAUGUGUAUGAAAUGGUAAAAAUGCAAAUGAAAUAGCAAGCAAAGAGACCCAAUGUGACAAUGUUCCGUAAAAUUUGUCAGAGAUUCAGCUCAAGAUCGCUGUGAAAGGUAUGCACUGCGCCCUGCAUACCUGCAUAUGAAAAACCUGCUUCCGCGGCCGUAAUUACAGUUAGACACUAAAAUAGCUGCACGGUCAGGUUGCGAGGUGAUUUGGGGUUCUCAACUAGGAGAGAAGGGGUUUCGGGAUCGGGUGUAACCCACGCACUCUAGCCCAACUGCAAUGGAAAACGAAUCCGUCAAGUCGGAACACAGUGGACGCUCCAGACGCUCGCGAAAUCACAAUAACAACGGUGGUGGGGGAGGAGGAGGCGGUGGCGGCGGAGGUGGCAGUGUAAACAACGGCUACCAUAGGGAACGGGAUCGCUCGAGGCACUCGCAUCGCAGCACGCACUCCUCCAAGUCUGGCAAGGGAUUCCAGCGAAGUGACAUGGCACCUUACCAGACCAGUGUUAAUAUGACAGGAGACGGCAGUCACGAUGGUCAGGAAGUUAUUGAAGUGCAAAUCCUGCCACAGGACGAGAAUUGGGGUGAGAAUACCACUGCUGUGACGGGCAACACCUCGGAGCAGAGCAUCUCCAUGGAGGACAUCAACAACAUGUGGCACCGCGAGAACGACAAAGGAUUCGGCUUUGCCUGCCGUCGCUACGUGGAGUCUAUCUUUUACUUCUUGCUCGGAUGCGGCGCCUUCUUUUCGCCAGUGGCCAUGGUGGUGAUGCCCUAUGUGGGCUUCUUUCCCUCAGCUUUCGAUCACCCGGAGCUGACGCAGACAGUGCGAACCCAGCUGCUGGCUUGCAGCGAACAGUGUAAGGGCCAACUGGUCUCGUUGACUGCACGCCUUCUUCUCCUGGCCAUCGGUCUGUGGGCGGUCUUCAUGCGACGCACCUCGGCCAGCAUGCCACGGAUUUUCCUGUACCGUGCAUUGGUUCUCCUGCUGGUCACUAUCUGCACGUUCGCGUACUGGCUAUUCUACAUUGUGCAGGUCACGAAUGGGGCCAAGAUCGUGGUGGAGACGGGCGGCGAUGCCGUGGACUACAAAUCUUUGGUGGGAUAUGCCACCAAUUUUGUGGACACUCUGCUAUUCAUCCAUUACGUGGCAGUGGUUUUACUGGAGCUGCGCCAUCAACAACCCUGUUACUAUGUCAAGAUUAUUCGUUCUCCGGAUGGCGUUUCGCGCUCCUACAUGCUGGGCCAACUGAGCAUACAGCGUGCAGCCGUGUGGGUGCUACAGCAUUACUACGUAGAUUUCCCAAUUUUUAACCCGUACCUGGAGCGCAUUCCCAUCUCGGUCUCCAAGUCGCAGCGCAACAAAAUAUCAAACAGUUUUAAGUACUACGAAGUGGACGGGGUGAGCAAUUCGCAGCAGCAAAGCCAAAGCCGGGCAGUUUUGGCGGCCAAUGCCAGAAGGCGCGACUCUUCACAUAACGAGCGAUUCUACGAGGAACACGAGUACGAGCGUCGCGUGAAGAAGCGGCGUGCCCGUCUUAUUACCGCUGCUGAGGAGGCAUUCACCCACAUUAAGCGCAUCCAUAAUGAACCAGCUCCUGCCCUUCCGCUCGAUCCGCAGGAAGCAGCAUCGGCGGUCUUUCCCUCAAUGGCCCGAGCCCUGCAAAAAUACUUGCGGGUAACACGCCAACAGCCCCGACACACCUUUGAAAGCAUCCUGAAGCAUUUGGCACACUGUCUUAAGCACGAUCUAUCGCCACGCGCCUUCCUGGAACCAUAUUUGACCGAAUCGCCGGUAAUGCAAAGCGAGAAGGAGCGCCGCUGGGUUCAGUCGUGGUCACUGAUCUGUGAUGAGAUCGUGUCCCGGCCAAUCGGUAACGAAUGUACGUUUCAGCUUAUCCAGAACGAUGUUUCCCUUAUGGUCACCGUGCACAAGCUGCCACACUUUAACCUGGCCGAGGAGGUUGUGGAUCCCAAAAGCAAUAAGUUUGUAUUGAAACUGAAUUCUGAAACAUCCGUAUGACACCACCACAAUGCCCCCCCGAUCGUAACACCUACGCACAGCAACCAGACCCAAUCGUCCUAUCUCCAUGUGUUUGUCUGAUAAUCCCAACUAGUACCCUUAUAUUCCUAUUCCUAAUGUUUCAGCCUGAUCGCGAAUUCCCUUAGGUAUUAGGUCUUGAUUUUGAGGGACUUUUAAAAAGUAAUUAAUAUUUAUAUACUAAAACUUCAUCAUAAUCAAUCAAAUUAAGCAAUCAAAAUUAUUUAUUAAUGAAUAUGACCCGAAAAAAACUAGCUGUCCGGAAAUAGAAAAAAUCCUUGAAUUUUGAAAAACAGAAACUGAUAGCUAGGUUGAAAGCGAACAAAUUUUAUAAAAUCAAAAAGUCAAAACAGGUCCUUACUUUGUUUGUUCAUAUGAAUUAUUGUUUACAUACUUAUCAGCUAUGAACUUAAACUUAUGCCCCCAAUAUCAACGCCAAUGCUCAAAAGCCCAAUGUAUUAUCCUAAACCUACUCGAACAUAUCACACGACCCUUUGAUACGAAACCAUGACUUACAAGUUCCCAAAGUAUUAAUUAUAAGAAUAAUGGUUUGGCUUGCAGAACCGCAAAACAUAAGAUAUCAACUCUUCAGUGCAGCUCUUUUUAUACACGUUUUUUAUUUUAGGAAAUAUGUUUAGUAUAAAGUUAAGCUUAAUCGUCUCGGAAUAUCUAUUAUUUUACCGAAUUUCUGUGUGACGUUUAAGCCCCAUUGCUAGCCUUAAGAUAUGUGGAUUGAGCCAUUGGCUAACCCAAGAAAUUUUAGCUAAGUCUCGGACUUGCGCGAAAAGUGGCUGCUACACUUUUAGCGCGACUCAGUAGGAUUUUACAUACGCACAUUUUAAGCCGAAACCGAAAGGUCCUAAACUCAUCUGCCACGAAUGUUGAGAAACGACAAAACUAUAACUCGAAUGCAACUGAUGACAAAUACAUAAUUUAAGCAAAGACUGCCUGAAUAUGCAUUUUAUACACACAAAUUGCCAACAGCCACUAACAGGUGUAUGUACUAACCUGUGCAUAGCAACCACAUAUAUACAAAAACUGUGUAUUUUUAGAAACAAAAUUAUAGCGAUAAGAGCGCGAAUUCGUAUUUGAAAAUAUGUACGUUCCAGUGAGCCCAAUCAUAUACAUAUUUAUAUAGUAUAUAUACCUAUUUACAAAACUACUUAGAGAACUUUUGCUUGAGGUUUGAUUUAAUUUUCGUUUUCUAGCUAAAUGUCUUCUUACGAAGCACUCCUUUAUAUUGCAAUUCUAUAGCAAUUACUUAAAGCAAUUGGAAAACUUUUAAGCUACAUACCAUCUAUAUAUCAACUCUCAAACUGUAACUGUUGUAACUGUAAUUAGCUUAUAAAAACACAUGGCGUAAAAUAAACUGAAACCCACUUUUUUAACAGCUUUAAA